AAAAAGUAUUUAGUCAGCCACCGAUUGUGCAAGUUCUCCCACUUAAAAUGAUGACAGAGGUCUGUAAUUUUCAUCAUAGGUACAAUUCAACUGUGAGAGACAGAAUGUGAAAAAAAAAUCCAGGAAUUCACAUUGUAGGAAUUUAAAAAAAAAUAUUUGUAAAUUAUGGUGGAAAAUAAGUAUUUGGUCAACCAUUCAAAGCUGUCACUGAUGGAAGGAGGAUUUGGCUCAAAAUCUCAUGAUACAUGGCCCCAUUCAUUCUUUCCUUAACACGGAUCAAUCGUCCUGUCCCCUUAGCAGAAAAACAGCCCCAAAGCAUGAUGUUUCCACCCCCAUGCUUCACAGUGGGUGUGGUGUUCUUGGGAUGCAAGUCAGUAUUCUUCUUCCUCCAAACACAAGUUGAAUUUAUACCAAAAAGUUCUAUUUUGGUUUCAUCUGACCACAUGACAUUCUUCCAAUCCUCUGCUGUAUCAUCCAUGUAUCCAUUUUGGUAUAAACUCAACUCGUCGUGUUUGGAGGAAGAAGAAUACUGGGUUGCAGCCCAAGAACACCAGACCUACUGUGAAGCAUGGGGGUGGAAACAUCAUGCUUUGGAGCUGUUUUUCUGCUAAGGGGACAGGCCGAUUGAUCCGUGUUAAGGAAAGAAUGAAUGGGGCCAUGUAUCGUGAGAUUUUGAGCCAAAACCUCCUUUCCAUCAGUAAGAGCUUUGAAUGGUUGACCAAAUACUUAUUUUCCACCAUAAUUCACAAAUAAAUUAUUUAAAAUUCCUACAAUGUGAAUUCCUGGAUUCUUUUUUCACAAUCUGUCUCUCACAGUUGAAGUGUACCUAUGAUGAAAAUGACAGACCUCUGUCAUCAUUUUAAGUGGGAGAACUUGCACAAUCGGUGGCUGACUAAAUACUUUUUUGCCCCUCUGUAGAUCAAACAAAAACAACAAUUGGUUCCUUAGCUGCUGGACAGUUAGUUGUCUGAUGAUUCGUCAACAUUUUCUUCAAGGUUUGCUAACUUGCCCCACCUUGAACACACCAGUUGUCCAUGAGUGACAGGAAGAAAAGCUCCGGUUAAACUAGUUUGACUUUGCCGUCUUAUAUUCGGGUCAGUGCGGUUCAUAUGCUGAUGAUCACUCCCAGGUAAAACGAGCUCCACGCUACACAGGCCCCGGAUUUGCGCUGGAUGCGUAACAGCUGCCAAUAAACUCAGUGGCAGGCCCCCAAGUAGCCGUCCGGGAUAUGCCUGAAAUAUGUUUUUGGGGAUUUUAGACCUCCAAAGUCAGCAUUAGUGACAACACGGUGAAACAUCGACGGACAACAUUUGACUUCAUCUCCGUCAAAGUGUUUAAGUACAAAACGUAUUUUAUUUUGAAAGUCAAGCAAAUCAUUUCUUUAGUGUUUGACUUCCUGUCCCACGCAGAAAAACUUUACCCAAACUGAUCUAGAAGUUCUGCAUCCAGUGGAGAUCCGGGGUGGGCGUGACUCGGACAUCAAAGUGAACAUUUUGUGCUUUCCUGUUUUGAUGUACUUUUUAUUUUGUUUGGCUUAUGUUCUUAUCAGAAGUUUAUGGUGAGGAGAAAUGUCGGAAAGAGGUUUAAAAAGAGCAUUGCAGAUGUUUGCUGUUGUAUCUUCCAAAAUAAAUCUUCAGAAUGGUCAAUUAUA